AUGUCCUCUCUCUUCCGUCUUAUGCGGCCUGUCGCCCAGGCUGCUCGAUCUGGCGCCGUAACUUUCGCCGCUCGGCCAUUCCAUACCACGGCUGCUCGACUCGCUGUGCAGAACAUCGAGACAACAAAAGAGUUUAAGGACCUUGUUUCCACAACAGACAAGGCUGUUCUUAUUGACUGCUUCGCGACAUGGUGCGGUCCUUGCAAGGCCAUCUCUCCCAUCCUCAACAAGCUCUCGGAAGAGAAGGCUCUUUCAGACAGCAUCCAAUUCGUCAAGUUUGAUGUCGAUGAGCUUCCCGACCUGACCGCUGAGCUCGGCGUCCGCGCUAUGCCAACUUUCUUCGUCUUCAAGCACGGAAGAAAGGUUGAUGAGUUGGUCGGUGCUAACCCUCAAGCCCUUCAGUCGAUGCUGGCGAAGCAUGCUGCAUGA